AUGUUUACUCACUUUUGCUCAAUGGUGUUGUCAUGUUACUGUCUUAGAGGAAUGGAGAUUGACAUUAGAAGUUCUGGUAGCUUUAAAAGGUGCCACUUGUUUCUCAGAGUUUCUCGCUUUUUUCUUCUUUUUUGCUUUUGCAGCCUCUACCUAACCACAUCGCCAUGCAUUUUCGCAUUCGUCUCUGGCGCCAACUCAGCUGAUGUGGUGCCAAACCUCUGCCGCCUCAUGGACCAGCCUCUGUACUGCCGGUGCAACGUUGAAGACUUCGCGGACGAUGCCACGGACGUGUUCUGCUACGUCACCAGGCCGAUAACGCCUGACCACGCUGUAUUCCACUCUUUUCAAGGCCACGCAUCCGUCGUUUCAUUGGCCUUCAACGCGUUCAACCUCAAGCACAAACUGUCCUUCGUGCCCUCUGGUGCCUUAAGACACUGUUCUCGGCUGGAGCGACUAAAGUUCACGCAGUCAGACUUAGGCGCACUGAAGACGCAUUCUUUCUACAACCUCUCCAGGCUAGCGUGGCUUUCGCUCGAUUCGAACGCCAUAACGAUCCUGGGGGAAGAAUGUAUCGCCAACCUGCCGCGUCUAAAGAGACUUGAACUUGGUGACAACAAGUUGACAGCCGUUCCAGCCGGAUCCUUUCGUAGUCUGCCGGCCCUAACGCAGGUCUUUCUCGAGCGAAACGGGAUCAUGAACAUCGAGGACUGCGCAUUUGAGGAGCUUUCCAACGUCAGAGAACUGGACCUGAGCGACAACGUCAUCGAGAGCCUCACUGAGCAAACGUUCAAGGGCCUGUCGCGGGCGAUACGGCUCGAUUUGUUUCGUAACAAGAUCAAAAGGCUCGGAGCGCGGGUGUUCAGCGCGAUGCCCUUGCUCGUCGAGAUAGACCUCAAGUACAACGGCGUCACCGAGGUGGACCCAUUGGCUUUCGACGGCCUGCCGCAACUGAACAUCAUCUACUUGACGUACAACCGGCUUCGCACCCUUCCCGCCCAGAUGUUCAUGGGUGCCCCCAGCGUGCUGAGCGUAGACCUCUCGCAGAACGAGCUGAUCACGCUUACUUGGAGGACUGUUCAGGACUUGAGAAAAAUCGACACAGAGUCCUUCCACAUGGGCCUCAUGGGGAACAAGUUCAUCUGCGAUUGCGGUCUGGUCUGGGUGCAGCGCCUGGAGAAUGCCACGCGGAACGACAAGUUUCGGCGCGACCUGCGAGACAUCACGUGCUGCUUCGACAAUCGGCCGGCGACGACUAGCCCGAGCUGCGGAACGAAAGUGGUCGAGCUAAGUCUCACGGAGAUGCAGUGCCAUGAGGACUACGAACCACCAGAGCUGCCAUCAGCGAGACGUUAUGACAAGGACACGAAAUGGACAAAAUCUGGAAGCGCGCUAGAGGACGCGGACGACUCCAACGCCGGAAGCAAGAUCCGCCGGACGCAUCCAGUGUCCGAGCACCACCCGGAAGAAGGCGACGACCCCAUGGCUUCAGUAGGCAAGGCAGUGGAAGUGACUAACAAGGACUUGAAGGCGGCCCUCAGUAACCCGAUGGCUGCUGCCAGCGAGGUUGUAUCCAGACGCAGUAGUCCGAGGAACUCUGCCGUGGCGGCGUUCCGAUGCCUCCUAGAAGACAUGGUCUCACGUCUUUUUCUUUGUGUCAUCUUUACGUUUAUGAACAGGAUGUUCUGACAAGCAGAAUGAAAGUGUCACCGAAGUGUGACACUGACUGUGCUAAAGGUUUUAUUGUGCGCGACAAGACCACAAAUGUCACAAAACCUUGAAGGAGCCGUCGAUAUACGACACAGAUGCUCAGGGUGAGAGCGAUUACGGUGUGGCAUAAUGAGUUAAGAAAUAUUAGCCAAAUCCGAUUAGUCGGAAGGGUGCAUAGGCUCCACCCACACGCACACACAUACACAACCACACACACAAAAAAGGAAACGCUAUGUUCCACGUAUACAAGUAUCAGA